GUCCUGUUUCUUGAGGUUGUUGAGAUGUAUAUAGUGCAGGGAAAGUGAAAAAGUGUAAAACAAGUUGGAUUGGGGUGUUGUGCCUCGCGGGCCUCCGUUGCCUCGGGCGUUCGCUUCGCAUGCCCUGCUGGGAGUUGUAGUCCUGAACCCGGGGGUGCCUGGGAGGCGGGAGAGGGCUCGGGGUUUCUCAGCGCCUAUUCCGCGGGAAGGGCCCAGGAACCUCACACUUCGAGUCGCGGGAGCUUCAGGUCUUACCCGGAGAGAGGCUGCACGUGGAGCCCGCGCUGCUGCCGUUCUCGGGCGGCUCUGGAGCGCGGGCGAGGGCGACAGGGCCCAUUCCGGAGCGGAACUGAGCUUUUGAAAUACUUCAACCAUGACUAAAAGAGAAGCUGAGGAGUUGAUAGAAAUUGAGAUUGAUGGAACAGAGAAAACAGAGUGCACAGAAGAAAGCAUUGUAGAACAGACCUACGCCCCAGCUGAAUGUGUGAGCCAGGCCAUAGACAUCAAUGAACCAAUAGGGAAUUUAAAGAAACUAUUAGAACCAAGACUACAGUGUUCUUUGGAUGCUCAUGAAAUUUGCCUGCAAGAUAUCCAGCUGGAUCCAGAGCGAAGUUUAUUUGACCAAGGAGUAAAGACAGAUGGAACUGUACAGCUUAGUGUACAGGUAAUUUCUUACCAAGGAAUUGAACCAAAACUUAACAUCCUUGAAAUUGUUAAAACUGCGGAAACUGUUGAAGUCGUAAUUGAUCCAGAUGCCCACCAUGCUGAAGCAGAAGCACAUCUUGUUGAAGAAGCCCAAGUGAUAACUCUUGAUGGUACAAAACACAUCACAACCAUUUCAGAUGAAACUUCAGAACAAGUGACAAGAUGGGCUGCUGCACUGGAAGGUUAUAGGAAAGAACAGGAACGCCUUGGGAUUCCCUAUGAUCCUAUACAGUGGUCCACAGACCAAGUCCUACAUUGGGUGGUUUGGGUAAUGAAGGAGUUCAGCAUGACUGACAUUGACCUCACCACCCUCAACAUUUCGGGGAGAGAUUUAUGUAGCCUCAACCAAGAAGACUUUUUUCAGCGAGUCCCUCGGGGAGAAAUUCUCUGGAGUCAUCUCGAGCUUCUUCGAAAAUAUGUGUUGGCAAGCCAAGAACAGCAGAUGAAUGAGAUAGUUACAAUUGAUCAACCUGUGCAGAUUAUUCCAGCAUCAGUGCAGUCUGCUACUCCAACUACUAUUAAAGUUAUAAAUAGUAGUGCAAAAGCAGCUAAAGUACAAAGAGCCCCAAGGAUUUCAGGGGAAGAUAGAAGCUCACCUGGAAACAGAACAGGAAACAAUGGUCAAAUCCAACUAUGGCAGUUUUUGUUAGAACUUCUUACUGAUAAGGAUGCUCGAGACUGUAUUUCUUGGGUUGGUGAUGAAGGCGAGUUUAAGUUAAAUCAACCGGAACUUGUUGCACAAAAAUGGGGACAACGCAAAAACAAGCCUACAAUGAACUAUGAGAAGCUCAGUCGUGCAUUAAGGUAUUAUUAUGAUGGGGACAUGAUUUGUAAAGUUCAAGGAAAGAGAUUUGUGUACAAGUUUGUCUGUGACUUGAAGACUCUUAUUGGAUACAGUGCAGCAGAAUUGAACCGUUUGGUCACAGAAUGUGAACAGAAGAAACUUGCAAAGAUGCAGCUCCAUGGAAUUGCCCAACCAGUCACAGCAGUAGCACUGGCUGCUGCUUCUCUACAAACAGAAAAGGAUAACUGAGACCCAGGACCUUCUGGGAGUCUAAGGUCUUUCUAAAUAUCUAGAGCAAGCAUCGCUCUUACCUUUAUUACUGAAUUUGAAUCUUCUUUUAUUUCUAGAUUGUACAAUCUGAUGCAUGAUUUUUUUAUAAAUAUUUCAUACUCUUGUGAAUUUGGAUCUUUUUACUUUGAGCAUAUAUUUUAGAAUAUGUUAAAGGAUCACCACAAUGUUAUACGCUUGAAAGCAGCUUCAUUGUGGGAUAGUUUGUUAACAGGAAAGCCAAACUGGUCAGUAUUAAUGUCUAGCCCUACCAAAAAUAACCAGUAGCAUCUGAAGAUGAAACAUAAAUGAAGUACUCCAGGAAGCAGUCUGGCUUAACUAUUUUUGAAAAUAUAACUGUUUCCUCUCUCUGCUGCUUUAGAUGUUGCUUUACAUAGAACCAGAAAAUAGAUUUCUCAGCUAAAGCAUGUGUGCCUGUUUCAUCUAAUCAAGCAGAGCUAAAAUAUUCAAAUCAAAUAAAAUUAUAAUAAUAUUAAUAAAUUACUAAGCUAAGAGUAUCAGGUUAUUAAGGUAAUUUAUAUAUUUGCAAGUAAAGGACAAUAGGAAGUUGACUAGCAAAGAGCAAUGCUAAAGAAGGAGAUCCAGGUUUAAAUCUGGCUUAACUCAAGCCAUUGUUAAGGGUUUUCUGUAUAGAUUAUUCAUUAUGUCAGACCAAGAAUUUAAAUUAUUUUGAAGGAGGCAUUUAAUUCUAAUAAACCAACUCUUAUAAAAAUUCUGAAAUGAUCUCUGUUUUUCCUGUCAGAGAUUUAAAAAAACUGAGAAAAUAUACCUCAACCAGAAAAUAAAAGUUUGAUUUGAUGUGACUUUCUUUUUUUUUAAUUAAUCUACAGUGCUCAUUUAUUAUGCAAAGCAGCUUAUAUAUUCCUGUGUUUCUGAUGAAAUGAAGACUUUAAAUCAGAUAGCAGUACUUUACCUUUUAAAAAGUUAGUAAAUUACUUGCAGAUAGUUACAAAAGGAAAAUUUAACCUCCAUUAUUUAGGCAGUCUUUAAAAUGAAACUUCCCACUUUUAAUUUUUGUGUGUUAUGUACAAAUAUCCAUAUACAUGUCCAGUUGACUUCGUUAGACAUAUGCACAUGUAUAUGAAGGCAUAAAGAUAUUCAAAAGGGAAUUUAUUAAAUAAUUUAUUUUAAAAUGUUUAAACAAAUCUUUCCUUACUAUGAGCUAACACUAAACAGAAAUGGCUAGAAAAGUCUCCUUUCUUUUCUUUUUGUUGUUUGUUUUAAGGAAUUAUUCAUGAAUCAUGAUAAGAGAGACUGGCAAAUAGCUUUUUUGACAGGAGCAAGUUGAUCCUCAGAUACUUCAUACACCUUCUUCCUUGUAAAUUUCAUUUAAAUUCAUUCCCCAAAAUAGGCUCAGAAGAGCUCACUUAAUAUCUAUUGUUGACAAAGUAGGAAGAAAGGGCUGUGGUAAUAACAGGCCAGGUGGUACUACCAAUACUACAUAGGGUUUGGAAUGAGUCAGGAAGUAGGGAUCCUAGAGACAGGAAGAUAAAUCUCUUGCUCUACUUUUUUGGUAACCUUAAAUCACAAUUUUAGCUGUUUUAAAGGACUGCAACCCAUAUUCAUUUAUUUUGUAUGAAGUCCUUUAAUAUUCUGCAAAAAUACCUAAAAAAUAGUAAAAUUUGUACCUUUCAUUUUUACUGUUUUAUAAACAGUAGACUGACAAGUUAUUCUUGGAAUGUGGACACUAUUAUUUGAAGAAUAUCUGAGUGGAAUAACAAAAUGAAAUACAGAAGCCCUAAUGUCAGAUAACAAAUAGGUAUCUAUAAAGAACGUUUUGUCUCGUCUUACAGCCUAGGGAGUUGACAGGUCAUUUACUGUUUUAAAAAGUAAUAAAGUAUACUGUUCUGUUAAAUUAGGAGCUUAAAAACUUUACUUUUAGAUUUAAAACGUUUUUGAGACAUUAUGUUAAAAGUUUUUAGCCAAGAGGACGGACUUUGUUUAUGUCUCAUUUUUAUAUGUAUGUUUUAAAGUCAGGAAAUACAUUUUUCUAGAUCCCUAAAAUCAGAUUUAUUUUUUGUCUCCUAUAAGAUUUGGAGGUUAGGGUUUAAAAACUACAGUCUAUCUGCUGUCUUCUUUUGGCAGUUCUUACUGUUCAUCGUAAUGUGAACAGGUCUCAUACAUGAUCUGAUGCUGUUUCUUUUUUCUUCACCAUUUUGUGCACCAUAACAUAAGUAAUGUGACUGAUUUCUCCAACUGAUUCAAGAAGCUUCCAUUACUUGUGUCAACUUGUAUAUAAAAUAUUCCAUUGUCUUUAUUAAGUUAACAAUUGAGUAGUCUUUUUCUCUAUUAAAAAACAACUUGUGAAAGAAAAUAGAAUUCAUGCUAUUCUUUAUUUUAUGAAGUUUUCAUAUGUAGGAUAUAUUCAAAGGAAGACAUAAAAUUGUUGGAUCAUUUUUCUGUACCUUAUUAAAGUACAAGAAUAAUGUUCACUUAUGUUUAAAAACUUAUAUUCCAUAGAGUCAACUCUCAUAUGUAUCUUACUAGCCUGAAGCCUGAAAGUCUAAUGUGUUGGUGCUGGAAAAAUCAAACAAAUUAAGCAUAAUUGCUAAGUGUGGCAUUUUUCACUUGAGUCAACUGAUCCCAUAUCCAUUUGAUAUCGAUCCAUGUAAAUUAGUUAGGAAAAAAAUUUUAGUUGUUUUCUCCCCAGAUUAAUGGUGAUACUCAUUAAUAAAAUUCUUUUAAAGGGUUGUGCCUCUAAAUAUUUUUGGUGAGGUCUGCUAUUUUUUGCAUUCAUUUUAUGCUAUUGCCUCAUAUAAAGAACAGGUAUAUCCUUGAAAUAGCACAAAAAUGUUUUAAAAUUCAUAACUGCAAAACAAACCUGUGACUAACAAUGUCUUCAGAUCUAAAGGGUAUAAAAAUAUUAACACUUCAAUAUUUCACUUAUUGCCAGGAAAAAAAUAUUCUCAAUCUUUUGUAAAAGGAAGGAAGAUUUUUGCAUACAUUUUUACUCUUUAAAUAAAGACACUUAUACUAUCAUAAUAACAA